GUGUCAUUCCAUCAGCGCAGAAACCAAUUUCAAUACAUUCUGUACCUAUAUACUUACCGUGGCAGCAAUAUAUAUUUAUAUAUACAUAAAUUCGCCGAUUGAACUUCGAGUCGCUACCCCCGAAGAGGAGGUGCUGCGGAAAUUUGAAAAACGACAACGACGACAACAACAACAUGUUUCUGUCGUACGCCGUCGUGCCCGUGUUCGUUUUCACGGUGCUGUUGAACUUCUUCAACUUGUACGCUCCCAUCGACUCGCUGAUGUGCGGCCAGAACUUCACGUGUUGUGAGGAGUGCCUCAACUCGACGUGCCACACCCAAAUGAACAGGACUUGCACGAUCAACCCGGACAACAUCACGUAUGCGUGCUUUACAUGUGACCCCGACCCGAGCGGAAACGUUCAGUACUACUCCGAGGCGGAAUGCACGGCGACCUGCAAGGAACCGACCAAGAAGUGCAUUUGUGAUGGCGCUUGUUGGUCGUGCAUGGUAACGGAGAGCGUCGAUCUGACCAAGUUUGUGUGCGCCAUGCCCACCCUGGCGGUAGACGAGACGUGCGCGGUAGUCCCAUACGGCAGCAACUGCACCGCGCCCGCCACCUCGGGACCGUGAAUAUAUUAUUACCUACCUAUCAUCACCAUUGACAAUAUGAUUUUUGUUCUUAAAAAAAUAAUGCCUCGUUAUUGUGUUAUUACCAUAAAGUAUAUAUCGUGAUAUCCGCAUCCGAUCACCCCCUCAAUGAAUUUCGCGUAAUAUAUUUAUUCUCACGGUUUCACGUACUCUGUGUGCAAAAAAAAAAAAACAUUUAAAAUACAAAAAAAUCUUAAAACUAUAUCAUUGUUAUUCGAUAUUAUUCUUUACCUUGUUAUCUAUUGAAUCAUUAUAUUAUUAUUAUAUAUUAUGUAAUCGGUGCACUAUUAUUUCAUCAAUAUUAAACUAUUAGUCCAUUACGUACUAUAA